GUCGGUCGCACGAAUCGUCGUCGGAACCAGUUGUCCGUCGUUCGCCGGCCGGCACGCGAAUUUUUUCCCCACUUUCUUCAAAUUGGAUUUCGGCAACCCUCGAGGCGUCCGGCUCUAAGCUUCUCCCUGCCCGGCCCGCCCGCUCGGAAUGUGCGACACCACCUCCUGUGCUUCGGUCCUUUAGACGGGCACUCUUCACCCGACUGUGCGCUUCCGGCAGGAUCCCCACUUCCGUUUCCGGUUAACUCCUGUACAAGUUACCACGCUUAAUCUAGAUCGUGUGAAACAUGGAUAAACUGGAAUCUAGAUCGUCCUAUCAUCAUCGUCAGAAAUAGUGUGCGAAUUUCCUUCCGAUUAAGUUCGAACCAUCCGACAUUGUGACAAAGAAAGUGCGGUGUGCAAUACUUUACGAUAAUUUUUCCCGAAUGUAAAUUACUUUAUACAAAUCCGUUCGGUCAGUGAAAAAGCAUUCCCUUCAACUUCUCCCAACCAAAUUCUCUAGAAUGCCCGCGAUAGUGUUCGCGAUGAAUUAGUUUCUCACACAUAGGCAGCCCGCAUUUCCGUCCUAUCGAUUAUCUGUGGCUUUUGCGGUACAGCCAGAGGGUUCGUAUCAGCCGGGUCCUUCCCGCGGGAUCUCCGCGUCGCCCGAGCGAGGCUCUACUCAAGACCUGUUUUUUUUCAAUGAUGGUUUUUAGCAAGCGGGAAAUGAAUCCGAGUUGCUGCAGAGGUUGGUAUAAUCCCUAUAUCAGCCUCGUCGCUGCCCAGUCAUAGUGAUAAUUGUCUCCCUCUUUGGAGUACCCUCCAUAUUCGUUUUUCUUUUUUAAUUUUUUUGGAUUGCGAAGUCGAAUUUGCAAGAGAUUACUAAAUUUUCUGUCACAACCUUAAUCCAUGCUUCAAGACGCGUUCGACUGCCUCUUUGUUUUCACCGAACUGUGCUUCUGCUGAAGAUAAUAAUCUUUUUGGUAUAGCUAGCAGUUUCUCAAGGAUAAAUGAAAGUAAUCGAACCUUCCACCACUUCAUUAUCUCUAGAGUAUCCUCAGAGUAUUUGGAACAUUCCGGGUCAUUGAAACACUCUUUGAAAGAUCCGGAAAUUCCCGGAUCAUAGGAACUAUUUGGGUCGUAGAGUCCCUCGUACCUCGAGAGUAUUUGGAACCCUUUGGGUCAUUGAAAUACCCCUCUAACAAUUCGGAACCCGUCAGAUCGGCAUAGUGUCCAACUAUUCUCACCGGAAUAUCUUGAGCUUCCGGAUCGUUGAAUCUGAAGGAAGAUGAUCGGGCUGAUGAAGAAAAUGCAGAGCGACGACCUGCUGCAGCUGGCGCUUUUGCUAAGCCUGCUGCGGGUGGACCGGAACAUCUACUCGCACGUGGACGUAGAGGUGCCGGCGGCGACCCUCCCGGCCCGGGUCGGCAUCAUGGACGAAUGGGACGCCCCGACCUACUUCCGUCACUUCCGCCACGGCGAGCUCCACCCCAAAAGCUUGGACUCGAUGCUCCUCGACUACGAGCAGCGGGUCUUCGACGACCUCAACUCCCUCGGGCGCUACAACCUCCCGCGGCACCGCAACGUCACCGCGUACCUCCUCAACGUGGGCACCGCACCGGACGUCCUCGCCGAACCGGGCACCGCACCGGACGUUCUCGCUCAGCCGGAGCUGGAGCCGAGGACGGAGGAGUCUCCGCUCCCGCCCAUGCCCGAGUCCCCCGACUCGUCUCUCCUCAACGGAAGCCUCGACUCACUGUUCCAGGACGGCCCGCUCAGCCCGCCGAUCCCCGACAUCGAAUCUGAGGUGGAUUUUGCUGAGUGCGAUGAGUCAUUUAAAAGUGAAAGCUUUUGCGACGAGAAAGAUGAGCUCUGCUGGUCAAAGGCGGGCUCCACAGCAUCCGUGGACUCUGGCUACAAUUGGCUUUUGGAUUCGGACUUUGGAGAAAACAGUGACUACGAGCUGGUCUCGAAGAAAGAGAGGCUCAAAGCUGUCGAGAGUGAAGAGAGGGAGGAAGAGGAGAAAGCUCGGAAGGAAGUAAAGAAGGAACACCUCUUGGAGGAAGAAGUAGAGAUCAAAGAGGAGCCCGAGGAGGAGCAGGAGGGAGAGAGCGAGGCCGAGGCCUACCCGCUCCUCGCCGGCGCCCCCGACGCUGAGGAGCCCCUCGCCUUCAGCAACGAGUUCGCCCUCGAGGAGACCCUCCAGCUCGUCAGCUUGGAUGACGUCUCCCCCUCCGCCAAUCCGGUCGCGCAAGAAAGUUUCAAGAAAGACGUUUCCGAUGAAGCGAAAGGAAAAGCGUGCAGCGUGACGAGGAAGGAGAAGGAUUUUUUCGAGGAGUGCCACGAAGAGCUCGAACUUUUCUUCGACAUGAUCCAGACUCCCCAGUUCCAUCACAACCCCCGCCCUUUUUCGGGUCGGAUGUCGUACAUGCGGCCGAUGAACAUGGAGCAGCAGCAGCGGUGGCAGGACCUGGCCAACUUCCUCUCGCUGCCGGAGUCGCCGUACCAGCACCACGCGGCGGCAGCGGCGGCGGCCUACCACCCGGCCCACCCGGCUCACCCCGGACACCACCCGGCGCACCCGCCCCACGGGGGCCACCCCGGCCACCCCCACGGACACCCCGCCAACGGGAGCUACCACCACCAUCACCACCACCACCACAACAUGACCUCCGCCCUCCCGCAGCCUGACCGCAGCGUCCUCCUCCACAACGCCACCCUGGCCCCGCCCGUCGGCGACCUCAAUAGUUCCUGCCCCUACCCCACCAUCGGCGCCAACUCGAAUUUCGGUUCAGCCGUAGCAACAUCGAUGAAUCUAACGAACAGCAGCGAACCAAUCGGAAACGAAAAUUCUGGCGCCAGCUUCAAGAUGGAGCCCAGUUCUCAUGACAUGAUGUAUUACCAGAACUCCUCGUCUGAAAUCAACCAAACCGAUGGAUUCCUAUCAUCAAUCUUGAAUGACGAAGACUUGCAACUAAUGGAUAUGGCAAUGAAUGAAGAGAUGUAUUCAAUGCGCAUGCUAGAAGGAGCAGUUGGUGGAAAUAAUUCUAUGAUGGGAUGUCACACAACUGGUGAAAGAGCGGGUACCGACUCAGACAGUGCUGUCAGCUCGAUGGGCUCUGAGCGCGUACCCUCACUUUCAUCCGACAAUGAAUGGAUGGAAACAAACUCAGAUUCUGGUCAUAAUAUUGCAGAUCACUACAACUCCGAUUACAGAAAGUAUAGAUGUUAUGACUAUCAAUACUCAACUCGCUCGCACACCGCAUCGGAGAACUCCACAUCGAGCAGACUUCCUGUUGCUCCCCAAAAGAAAUACCAUAUGUAUGGUAAACGCUACCUUCAGGAGCAAGCAUCAGGAGCUGGUCCUGACCUUUCUGCAGCAACUCCUGAAGAAGCUGCAAUUGCGCCGCUAAAGUACGAGCCAUCUACAUCAACAGCAAUGCCUGUUCCAAGCAUGCUUCCAGCCCAUGAUAUGAAGGCUCAACAAGAAUCUAAAUACAGUUGUAGUAUCGAAUUCGCAUGCAAUAACCUUUUAAAUUCUCGGAUUGGUGAUCAUGUGAAUCACAAUCACACCUAUCAUCUGCCCCCUGAAAAUAUAGGUACCAUGCAAAGGCCGUACCUAAAAGACAAACAAAAGUGUCGUAGAAAUGAUGAGCAUCAACAGCAGAUGACGAGGGAUGAAAAAAGAGCGCGAGCCUUAAACAUACCCAUUUCAGUGAUGGAUAUUAUCAACCUUCCUAUGGAUGAAUUCAAUGAAAGACUGUCUAAGUACGAUUUGUCAGAAUCGCAGCUGUCCUUAAUUAGGGAUAUUAGAAGAAGAGGAAAAAAUAAAGUAGCCGCUCAAAACUGUCGGAAACGAAAAUUAGAUCAAAUAAUUUGUCUGGCUGAUGAAGUCCAGCAAAUGCGAGAUAGGAAAAAUAGAGCAGAAAAGGAAAGGCAUUACUUAAUAACUGAACGACAUCGAAUUAAAGAAUUAUUCAAUCAACUGUACAGGCAUAUAUUCCAGAAUCUUAGGGACCCCGAUGGGAACCCAUACUCCUCGUAUGAAUAUAGUUUGCAGAUGGCGGCUGAUGGGUCAAUUGUUCUUAUGCCGCGAGACAACGGAACCAUUUCUCCUCUUGUAGAUCCUUCUGAGUAUUCUCAUCUCCGCGGACGGCACAAGGACCCUCCGCACAAACAGUAGGAGAAUUGACUCCCUUAAACAAUAUUUUUUUAAAAUUUUGGAAGAAAACCAGAAAAGAGGAAAGAAUGAAGUUUAUUGAUUGAAUUUUUCAGCUUUACACCCUUGGCCUUUUUUUCUUAAAGAUAGAAGCAGUCUGAUUAUUCUUCUUUCAACUCUUAAAUGUUCUUCAUAAUGUUAGAUCAAUCAGAUUUGACAUUUUAUCGAUACCUGAUUUAGUAAUUUAUUUCUGGAUGGUAGUACAACAUUACCAUAAUUUUCAGCAAUCUCCUAAUCCCUUAUAGCUCUCUCAUCAGUUUAGACUUGAAUGCAGCCUAAUUUGACCUUAGUGUCGAGAUAAAUUUUUGCAAAGCUUUGUAAUGAUUUAAUGGUGAUAGUAAUGCGAAAAUUUUAGGGCGAACUUAAGUACAAUUUUAUAAAUUAUUAUACCCUAAAAUAAAAAUGUAUUCAACAUACAUUGUAUAUUGAAUAUAUUUUUGAACUUGUGGUACUGAAUCCCUCAGUCGUAUGAUGGAUUCUCUCAUUGAGGUUAAAUCGGUGAAUAAACCCAUUUGGGUUUUACUUUUUGUAUAUAUUGUAUUGUAAUACGAACAAAAUUAAUUUUCCGUAUAAACUGCAAGAAUCUAUUAACGUGAGUCUCUUGAAAAGUCUAGUACUAAUUUUUCAGGCAAUAAUUUCAGCAAGUCAACAAAUCUUGGGAGUACAGAUGUAGAUUUUUAGUCCAUGAAAUAGGCAGUGUUAACAAAACUGCUCUACAGUGUAUACUUCAAUAUUUUUCAUUAUAUUUUUCGACAAAAAUACAUCAUACCUAAUAAAUCCUAUUUUAUAGUUUUCAAUUGUUGGUUGUUUGAAAGCAAGAUUUCAGGGUUGCUACAGUCAGGAAUUACUGGAAAAACUGGGAAACGUCAGAGAAUUUUUAAAAGUAGGGAAAACUUGGAAAUUUCAAAGAAAUGACAGAAGUGUGAGGAAAAAAUUGUCAACCCACCUUCAUUAGCUUUCUAGAAAGGGUUUGACGUCCUCAACAACAAAUUUUGCCUGAAACUGUUUCAAGUUAUGUCUUCUUAACCGCCUAGCAUAACUGCAAUUGCCAGGGAAUUAAUAUUACCAAUAUGAAUCACAGAAAUCAGGGAAUUUAAUUUUCUAAACCGUGCUGUUAUCGAAGCUUAAAAACUAGAAUCAUCUCUUUCUAAAAAAUGCAUGAUUUGCAAUUUAGCAGUGCACAGCAUUUUUAAAUCAAUAUUUUUUGAGAAGUUCUAGCUGAUAACUUAUAAUUGAAUGGAAGUGAGUGUGUGGCAUUUUGUUUUCAACCAACAAAACAUCACAAAUGGUAAACUUUUUCAUUCAAAAAUCUGUCUGAAAUUACUUUAUGCACUCUUGAGCAAUUUUACCCCUAAUAACAGCUCCUGUUCCAUUGACAAGAAAAAUGUACCUGAAAAUUUUGAAUUGCAAAAAAAAAUCAUAAAUUGAUGAUAAAAAACUUCUAUUUGCAAUUUUAGACAAAUAAAUAAAACAUAUAAUUCCAUUAGAUAUUGUAAACAUAAAUGGAAGGACUUUUUCUUAUCGUUGCAGCUAUUUAAAUAUAGUGCCUGUUUUAAUUCCAGUUUUAUAAUUCCAAGAUUUUGUACUCUCCCAAGGUUUCCUUGCAGAAAAGUUAUACAAUGCUCAAGAGAAAAUAUUUUUCUCCUUAAUUUUGCAAAAAUAAUCCUUCAAGCUUAGCUGCAUUUACUACACCAUUGCUGUUUCAAGGUAGAGGGUGAAACUAAAAAUUGUGCAACCCUCUCCUUUCCAAAAACAGACAAUGAACUUAAAUUAUUGAAGCUAAUAUAAUUUAAGUGAACUAACCCUAACCAAUUUUAAAAGCAGUUUCUAUCGAAAAUUUAAUUUUUAUUAUUAUAUUAUUGUUGUCUGUGAUAAUGAUGUAACUAAAAACAUUGUUUUUUUCAUAAAUAUUUUAUUUAUUAUUCUAACUAUUUAGAUUUAUUUUAUUUUUGUCUUGUUUAUUUGUUACCUAUGAAUGAAAUUGAUGUAGUUAUUUAUUUUGUUUAAUUUAUUACCGUCUGAUGUGGAAUCUUUCGUAGAGUGUAGUUUGAGGAAGUUAUUAUUUUUCAACCAUUGGUUAAAAAUUUAACUUUACCAGCGAAAUGACUUGCUGGAUUAUGAUUUUAUAACGUUCCUUAUUGUGUGAUGCUUUCUAUUUCUCAAUCACGAAAAAGAAAUGUGAUGAAGUCGGACUAAAGGGCCUAUAAGAUGGAGACUUAAAUUGUUCAGCCUUGUGAAAAAACGGAAUCGGGGUCAAAAAUAUUAAUCUAUAGUUUUUAAUGCUGAAUACUUUGUGAUAAUCUUCAAAACCUUGGAUCGAAAUUUCAAGCCUCAAUUUCUAAUUUCAAGUUAAUGAUGUCAUAACAUUGUCACAUCAAUAGUUUCUAAUGCUGACAAACUUCAUUGUCCUCUUUUUCUGAAAUUCAUUCAAAGGGUCAAUUAUUAAAAUUCUUGAAUGCUUUUCGCGCUAAAUGAUACAAAAUCAAUACCUCUAAGCUGUGGUGUAGGUAUCUUUUUUUUUUAUUUUCUUCCAUCUUAAAGACCCUUUUUCCGGACUCCAUCACAAAUGAUUAGAUUAUUGCCAAAGGAAACUUUAACAAACUUCAGCUGUUAUGAACUACUUUCACUUUUAUUAUUUCAUCCAUUAGCUGGUGUCUGACUGUCUUGUCUGAUCAAUUUUCUCUUACUUUUUUCAAUUUAUAAUCAAUCUAAAUUAACUCUAUUUCCUGCACAUAGUUUUACAGAAAUGUAUUUACACUCUUAUACCUCAAAGUUGGGUCGAUUUUACAUGAAACCAUGAAUUUCAUGCAACAAUAAAUGAAGACAAAAUUGAGUAUUGAUGUUUGCUCAGAGGAUGGUUCUGAAAAAAAAAAAAAAGAUAAAAAAGAAAAGAACGGAAGGCACAAUGGUUUUAAAUGCAACAAGCUUCUUUUUUUUUUUUGAGAAUUUAUCUCACCUUUGUUUUUCUUUAUAGUGUGCACGUAAUUAAAGUAUACAUCUUUAUGAAUUCGUACUUUUAUAUGCUCUCUAUAAACAUGAAAAUUGUUCAAACCACUCUCAAAUUUAGUCAGAAAUUCUUGAGAAUAUUCUUGUAAAGAAUUCAAACAUCCAAUUCUUCACUCAAUUCUUUCAAAAAUGAUUCUUCAAGAAAAUUUUACUUUCGGAACAGGGGGCUCUUUCCUUGUGGAAAUUUACGCCCUUUUUUCAUUUAAUAUCUUAGAUUCAAAAUUAAUGAAGAAGCAGCCUUUUAAGUACAUAUUAUUUUUCUGCACGAAUUAAAUUUCUCCAUUUUUGAAAGCUUUCUGCUGUACAUACAUUAAUUAAUUUAAAAAAAAAAAAAAAAAAA